AUGAAGUUCGGUAAGACAUUCCCGAACCAUCAGAUACCUGAGUGGUCACAUCAAUAUGUCAACUAUAAGAGCUUGAAAAAACAUAUCAAGGAGAUAACUGUGGCCAAAGAAGAACAGCGCAAGCAAUAUCUAAGAGACGCUGGCAUUAAUGGUGACAGAUCAGAAGAGCUUUUGGAGGAGCCGGAUGUGAAAAAACGGCUAGCAACUUUCUUUUUCGCCCUGGAUAAGGACAUCGAAAAGGUCAAUGAGUUUUACAACAAGCAGUUUCUGGAAUAUGACCGUAGACUCAGAAGGCUUUUAUCGUCUGCACAAGUCACGAAUUUGAGUGCGAUUGCCACUGCUGAAAAAAGCGUCCAAAGUCAUUCCGAAAUUACGGGUGAAACCAUCUCAUCGGAUAUCACAGAAGAUUUUGGGGAAAUUCUGGGCAUCCUGGUAGAGUUACGUUCAGAUUUUCGUAACUUGAAAUGGUAUGCAGAGCUGAACAAGCGCGCAUUAACGAAAAUUCUAAAAAAGCUGGACAAAAAAGUCGGAACAAGUCAUCAGGAAAAUUACAUGCAGAAUCGGGUUCUUCCGCUUGGAAUCUCAAAUGAUGCAGAAAUAGGCAAAGAAUUGGCUCUCAUUAACGACACUUUGGAUGUCAUCUCUCCUUCUAUGCUGGGGCGCCAGGAGUCCGAUAGCGACGACGACACACAAUUCAUUUCUCAGGACAAAUCAUCUCCAGUCAAUGUGGUCGCACAAUUGAUUGCCAAAGAUGAUGGGAAAAGCCUUGUUGCCGAGUUGGCCUCGAUGUACAGAUCGGUUGUUCUUAUUCCCAAAAGAACGCUGAUUGUCCUUCUUAACAAAGCCGCAUUGUCACAAUCGUUCAGAUGUAUAGACGAGAUUCUAAAGAUCAUCCCAACUUUAGGCGAUCAUUCAGAUGUCAGCGGUCGCAACUUUUUCCAUCACCACGUCAUAGCACUAGGAAGAGGUUCCAAGCAACAGAAGGCCAGAGACUCGACCCUCCACCCUUCGUCUAAGUCAACUACCAUGAACCGUAGUGCCUCCAAUGUCGACUUGGCAGUUUUACCAGAAAAUAGAUCACGGCUUGUACACGCCUAUGGGCCUGACGGGCUGAAUUCAAACGACUCCCCUGUAUCUUUGUCUCAUAUUUUAAAGCGGCUCCCACCACAUUUGAGAUCUAGUCUGUUACAAAAAGAUACUUACAAAAGAACCCCAUUGCAUUAUUCUGCACAGUACGGCUUGUUUGAAGUUUCAAAGCUGAUCAUCGAAAGCUUAAGAGAAUGGGGGGCAUGGGAUCCUGCAGUCUCGAUUGACAAUAAAGAGACUUGGGGAGACAGCGAAGGCUUUACUCCUCUGCAUUUGGCUGUCAUCGGUUUGCAUCCUCGCACGGUAAAAUCGCUAACCAGCUACGGAAACUCUUCGACUAAAGUUGAGUCUCAGAGAUUACUUCAUCUAGCCACUAAAUUAAAUGCGCCACAGCUUCUGGAAGCGCUACUUUCCGUCGUCGGGUUCUCUGUGGAUUAUGCAGACCCGGAGACAUACGAAACUGCGCUCCAUAUAGCAGCCAAGCUGAACCUGACCAAAGCUAUGGAGUUUCUUCUGAAGGCGGGUGCGAACACUGAGAUCGGCGAGCGUAAUUUCGGCUGGACGCCGAUUUUUCUGGCAGCCACUGAAGGUUUCUACGAUGUGGUCAAAAUGCUUGUAGAUUAUGGCGCCGAAUGCUCAAAGUUCGACGAAAGUGGAUGGACACCUAUGGAGCACGCAGUACUUAGAGGUCAUCUCGAUGUAGCCAGCAUCCUGACUAUUGAUGAUCCGAUUGUUAACAGACCUAAACUGCCAUCCGAGUUCACUCAAAGUGAUGAAGAUACGUCCAAAAACCUCUCAGCCCAGAAAAUAGCGGCCAAAGCAAGACCUUCUCUUGAAGCCCUCUCUCAAGGCUUUUAUAAGCAGUCCUCUGGUUCUGAGAGCUUCAUAGCGGGAGGUUCAGAUGUCAAUCUGAAGAACUCAAGCAGACAUAACCUGCUAAAACACUCCGUAAAUGGGGUGCCAAAGCCUGCGGGGACCAAAAGUCUGCUAAAAACUACAUCAAACAUCAAACCGCUUGGGCAAACGCAUCUACAAGAAGGCCAAUCAAUUCUAUUAGUAUCACUGGGUUCGAAAGGCAGCGCUAUUCCAAUCUCAUUCAACAAAGUACCGCUUUCAAAGGUGUCAUCUACCGAGCUAGAUACAGCACUCUCUCUGGUUAUAACUUGUCUCGAGGACUUGAACGCUGCACCUGUUGUACUUGACCUACCCCUUGACGACACACUCGAUCCUGUUCAUUUCACAAUUCCAUAUAAAGAAGACUCUUCCCACACAUUAUUCUUCGACAUUGUUCCAACCUAUGACUAUCACACCAGCUCUAUGAAUUCCUCCCCUGACAUCAAAGCCAAUUCAUCAUCAUUUGACAUGACGUCGAGUUUUUCUGAUGAAGGAGCGGGCCAAAGAUCGCACUCUAAUGGUGGGACGAGAAAAGUCGAGAGGCGGCGUACAAAAGUCUUGGGACGAGCCGUUGCAUUGCUUGACGAAAGUGUGAUGUCAGUGGGUCCAAACCGGACCUCCUUGUCUGACACCAGGACGGCCCCUAUCAUUGAGAGUGAAACACUGGAAGUUUUAGGUACUAUAAAGUAUGAGUUCAUGAUUGUGAAACCCUUCAUUCAUCCGAAUGUGACACUGAACAGGGGCGAAACGUUCUGGAAGUCUUUAGUCUCGACGAGAGUAAUUGGUCAUCGUGGUCUAGGUAAGAAUAUGAAUACCAAUCGUUCUUUGCAGUUAGGCGAAAACACUGUGGAGUCUUUUAUCGCAGCAGCUUCGCUGGGAGCAUCUUAUAUUGAGUUUGACGUGCAAUUGACGAAGGAUGACGUCCCUGUGAUUUAUCACGAUUUUAUCGUGGCAGAAUCUGGGGUCGAUAUUCCGAUGCAUGAACUAACGCUUGAACAAUUCUUGGACCUUAACAACGCUGAUAGACAUCGCAAAAACCUCAACGCCAACUUGAACGGCCGGUCAAUGGACGAUACAGAUGCGGCACUGGUACAAAGAGCCUAUAGUGUGAGAGGGGAAACCACUCUAGUCGAUCAGUUGCCCUUGGCAAAAAUCUUCGAGGAUAGAAUGCGUCUCACCAAAACCUUCAAGAAAAACAGCUUCAAAGGGAAUGCUCGCGGGCAUUCAAUUGCGGGUUCUUUUGUUACUUUGAAGGAAUUAUUUAAAAAGAUCCCUUCGAAUGUGGGCUUCAACGUUGAGUGUAAAUAUCCUAUGUUGGACGAGGCCAUUGACGACGACAUUGGUUACGUUUCAGUGGAACUCAAUCACUGGUGUGACACGGUGCUGGACACCAUCUACGAUAAUGUGAAUGGGCGUGACAUUAUAUUUUCGUCGUUCCAUCCUGACGUAUGCAUCAUGCUUUCGUUGAAGCAGCCAUCGUUCCCGAUUCUGUAUUUGACUGAAGGUGGUACCAAAAAAACAGUAGAUGCUCGCGCUGCGUCACUUCAAAAUGCUAUUAGGUUUGCCAAGACCUGGGAUUUGCUUGGCAUUGUUUCUGCAGCCAAGCCUAUUAUCAAAGCGCCUCGUCUCGCACAGGUAAUCAAAUCCAAUGGAUUGGUAUGCGUGACAUAUGGUGUCGACAACAAUGAUCCUGAUGUGGCUAAAAUCGAAAUGGAUGCCGGUGUUGACGCUGUCAUUGUCGACAGUGUCUUGGCGGUUCGUCGUGGACUCACUAAAUCUGCAGCUUUGUCUCUCGAAAACUAG